CCAGACCAUCGUCAGUCUGAAGAGAAGUGGACGGUGUAGCCAACGUCAGUGAUGGCUCCUCGGUACGCACCAAGCCUUCGGUGGCGCCUGGCGCCUUUGUUGCUUUCUCUGCAGGUGGGAUUUAUUGCAGUUUAUGGCUUUUACACCGAGAUCAACAGCAAUGAAAACAUUCACGGGAUUACAUUCAGCAACUUCUAUCCAAGCUUACAGGACUUGGAUGUUAUAGUGUUUCUAGGGUUUGGAUUCCUAUGCACUUUUCCAGUGCGUUAUGGUUUCAGUGGCUCUGGGUUCAACUUUCUUGUAGCUGCAAUGACCACCCAGUUUGCCAUCAUACUCAAUGGAAUUGAAUCCUGGUAUUACAGAGGAAAGAUCAGAAUUGAUCUGAAAAGCUUAGUGGUUGCUGAGAUGUGCACAGUAUCAGCCCUCAUUUCUAUUGGUGCUGUGCUGGGGAAAACUAACCCUGUGCAACUCAUCCUUAUUGCCUUGCUUGAGGUGUCUGGAUUUGUCCUGAAUAAAUGGAUCCUUCAAACUCUGCUGAAGAGCCAACCUUUGAACAGCAUCAUGCAGCUUCACAUCUUCGCAGCCUUUUUUGGACUCACGCUUACCUGGAUGCUGUAUAGGAAAGAAUCUGAGCAAGGAUUUGAAAAAGAGAAAUCUGACCACAAAACAAGAUUGUUCUCCAUGUUGGGAACUGUGUUCCUCUGGAUGUUCUUGCCGACUUUUAAUUCGGUGCUUGUAGAUGAUGCUGUGAGGAAGAUGGAGGCAGUGUGCAGCACCUACCUGGCUCUAGCUGUGAGUGCUGUAACGGCUGCAGCCGUGUCUGUCCUCUCCAGUCCCAAGGGAAAACUCAAUCCGAACCAUAUGCAGACAUGCAUCCUUGCUGGUGGUGUUGCUGCUGGGGUUUCCAUUUCAGUGAUUCAUCAGCCAUGGGAAGCCAUGACUAUCGGACUCACCGCAGCCCUCAUCUCAACCAUUGGAUUCAGAUAUCUCAAGGUCCACAUGCUUCUGGCAUUUCAGUGCCAUGACACUCUUGCAGUCCUCAGCACACAUGGACUCCCUGGUCUACUUGGAUGGCUGGCACAUCUCCUCCUUCAGCUUAAAGACUUUGACAAUCAAACCAUGAGAAUCCGGUUUGCCAUUUUUCACAUUGGUACACUUCUCACCACCAUCACUCUGAGUCUGUCCAUGGCAGUUAUUACAGGGCUUUUAGUCAAACUGAACUUCUGGAGACCAACCCCAGACAGGAAAUGUUUUGAUGAUCAGGCUUUCUGGGAGUUUCCUCAUCUUGCAGUGCUAAAGUACAGUGCGAAGAAAGAAGCCAGUGCAGCUCAAUCCUUGGAAUAAAAACCAUUUUUUUGUUUUGCUUUUUUAACAAGUAUAUUCAAAUUGAUUUUUCUGCAUGGAAAACAAUGUUUUCAUAAGUGCAAAAAUACAUAAAUGAAACUUAUUUUCUGCUCCUUCUGUUUUGGUUUGAUAAUGAUGUAGUUGCCAGACACUCCAGAUCUUAUAGUUUUGACUGUACUAAAGAAAAUAGGUAACUGUUGUCCCUUAAAGUCCCUGUAAAGUGAUAGAAAAUAUCUGCAUUUUAGGUUUGUUGUAUGACAGGCAUAUGUGUUAUGAACCACCAGGCUAAAAUUUAGUCAUGAAAAACAUCACUAAGGUUAUAAUAAUCAAGCUUCAAAGUCAUGAAAAAUGAGGCUGUAAAACCUGUUCUAGGAUGAUGUGGGCGUGUCAGUUGAAUAAGCUGAAGCCACACCCACUCACAAGAAAUAUGAUCCUCUCAAAUUUUAAAAAGAAAAAGAUUCUGAUCACAGAACAGCUGCCUGGCUCUGUGCUCAAGCAGAAAGAUAGAAGCUGGGGAUUAAAUUUACUGUUUUCUGGAACAAAUCUUUCCAUUAUGAUACUUUUAUUGACCCACAGGUUAUUGUGCUUGAUAGAUUUGUGAAAUUUGCCUCACAAUGAACAAAAACAGCAUGUAGCUGGCUGUUAACUUUAAUGAAGGCAGUGACAUCAGCUGGCAACAGACUGUAUCGAGAUGAAUUGCCUGGUGAUUUUAUAUCAUUGUAGUGCUAGAGGGGUGGGGUAAUUCCCCAUCAAGACCGUCGAUGUCAUGGGCUCCUAUAUUUGCCCUGCUCAAGUACAACCAAGCCAGGAAAGAGGUGAACAACUUUCUAAGUCUAAAUUCAAGAUUCACUCACGAAUAGAUCUCAGUGUUUUCAUGUAUUCUCUGGAACCCUACUCCAACAUAUCUAGUGUGAUAAGACACAAAGCUUGGAUUUCCCUUUUUAAAGACUCUACAUAGAAUUUUUCUGGUAAAUACAUUCACAACAAAACUGAGAAACACUGAAAACCUUGUUG